CAAAAAAAUGGAAACUCACAACAAACAGAAUUAGCUUCUGAAUCGAUUUAAUCAAUUAAAAAAAAGAUGGGAGUAAACACUUAUCUUCUAUGUUUCCUCCUCUUCUUUGCUUUCUCCGGCCUUGCUUCUGCUGUGAAGAUGUGUGAGUACGAGAUAUACGUGAAGACAGCAAACAAGGUGGGUGCAGGAACAGACUCCAGAAUUGGAGUAAAGUUGACGAGCCUCGUAAAAGAUUCUUUCGAGAUUCGAGAUCUUGCGUCGUGGGGCAAAAAGGGACCACGAUACAACUACUUUGAACGAAACGCUCUCGAUCAUUUCACCCACAAAUUACCUUGCUUGAACGCCGAAAUUUGUUCGCUUACAUUAACCUCGGAUGCAUCCAAAUUCAAUGCGCCAUGGUUGUGCGAGGAUUUUCACCUCAGCGUAAACGACGGAGAUUUCCCAUACGGUCACCACUUUCGUGUGAAUCAAUGGCUGGAUAGUCGGACGCGAAGUAUUAGCAUAGAUAAUUGUUCUCCGGCAAUGGAUGAUGAUAAGAAAAGUGUUGUUACUACUACUACUGUCAAUUGAGGUUACUUUACUAUGCCUGUAUUGGUCUUUCUUGCUGUACUCCGUUGCUAAUAAAUAAUUAAUAUCUACCGGUGGUUUAUUUGGUUUUUA